UCUAUAAAACAACGUGUUAAAAGUGACCAAGUUUCCUACCAAAUCCAAGUCAAGUUCCACUACCUCUCACCUCACCACUGCAACACCCUUGUAGCAGAAGCAAUGGAUUACACUCACCCUGCUUCAUCUGAUGCAGGAUCCUCUUCAAAGGCAAACAGAAGCAAGGAGAAAAAGGGUGCUAAGAAAUGCAAAGGAGUGAGGCUCUCCACCGAUCCUCAGAGCGUGGCAGCAAGAGAACGAAGGCACAGAAUCAGUGACAGGUUCAAGAUCUUGCAGAGCAUGGUCCCUGGUGGAAGCAAGAUGGACACAGUGUCCAUGUUGGAGGAAGCCAUUCAGUAUGUGAAGUACCUCAAAACUCAGAUUUGGCUCCACCAAACCAUGAUCAAUUUCUUAGAUGAUAACGACUCACUCUCCCCUAUGUACCUUACUGAUUUCUACUUCCCUUCUGACCCUUCUGAACAGUUCAUUUUCCCUCAGCAAAAUCCACCACUUGAUCAUAACAUGCACAACUUUCCUCAUCUUCCACCACCACAAUGCAGCUUCCAUGGUGAAGACACCACCUACUUCGAUGCCUCUUUCAAAUAUUGGCCAGCUUAAUUAGUCUCUUACUUUCUCAACCCUCU